AUGUCUAUGUCAAAGAUUGCGGGUCUCCUGCUUAGCUCGGCCGCCAUGGUCGCUGGCCAUGGUUACGUGUCCGGUGCUGUUGUUGACGGCACCUACCACGGAGGCUACAUCGUCAACACCUACGCCUACAUGGACAAGGUGCCCGACAACAUUGGAUGGUCUGACAAGGCCACCGAUCUUGGCUUCGUCGACGGCUCCGGCUACUCUGGCCCCGACAUUAUCUGCCACAAGGAUGCCACUCCUGGUGCGAUCUCCGCCGAGGUCAAGGCCGGAGGCAAUGUCGAGCUCCAGUGGACUGAGUGGCCCGAGAGCCACCACGGCCCCGUCAUCACCUACAUGGCUAACUGCAACGGCGACUGCUCCAAGGUCGACAAGACGACCCUCAAGUUCUUCAAGAUCGCUGAGGCCGGUUUGAUCGACGACAGCAACGUCCCCGGUAAAUGGGCAAGUGACGACCUCAUUGCCAACAACAACAGCGCCACUGUCACCAUCCCCAGCGCCAUCGCCGCUGGAAACUACGUUCUCCGUCACGAGAUCAUCGGCCUGCACUCUGCCGGCGAGGAGAACGGUGCCCAGAACUACCCCCAGUGUAUCAACCUGAAGGUCACCGGCGGCGGCAGCGACGCUCCUGACGGCGUCCUCGGCACAGAGCUCUACAAGGCCACCGAUCCCGGCAUUAAGAUCAGCAUCUACACCGCGCUCGAUUCCUACAAGAUCCCCGGUCCCGCUCUGUACACCGGUGCCGCAUCCGGCUCUUCAUCCGGCGCCUCGACCACCACUGCCGCUGCCACUACCGCGCCUACUGCCAGUGCCUCAACCGUGAGUGCCUCUCCUAUCCAAAGCUCCUCUUCGCACCACCUCACCCGCACCCGCACUCGCACUGCCCGUCCCACCUACAGCCCCUCCGGCACCCCUACUCCCUCCACCCCUAGUGGGCCUGGUUCCGAGUCCACCGACGUUUCUUCUACCGUCACUGAGACUGCCACUGCCACUGCUUCUUCUGCUGCUCAGGUUACUGACGAGCCUGCCACACAGACCGCCAGCGACCCCGCCGACAGCGUGACCAUCACCACCAGCGCCGGUGGCCAGUCUGCCCAGAGCUCCGCCCCCGCCUCCGGUGGUGACGCCUCCGAGCCCAGUGCCAGCGCUACCGCUACUGCUGCCGCUACCGCUGCCCCCAGCUCUUCCGCCAGCUCCGGCUCCAGCUCCGGUUCCAGCUCUGGAUCUUCUUCCUCCGACUCCGGCGACUACAACUCGUACCUCAGCUCCCUGAGCGCCGAGAAGCUCCUCGAAGUUAUCCGCUCGACCCUGAAGUGGCUUGUCUCUGACAAGAAGGUGCACGCCCGUGCCCUGGCUUACUGA